AAGCAAAAAAAAAAAAUAAUGUUUUUAUAUUUCAUUUGAAUUUUGUCUGUUUUGAUGUAACAUCAUGCAGAAAAUCUCAUUUUUGUUUAUAGCUUUCGUUAUCUUGGAAGUCUCGUUGGUCACUAAAGGUAUGCCACCAGGUAGGCAAAAUUUGGAUGAGGUCCAGCCACAGAACGCAAAAGUUUGUGACACCUGUAAGCAUAUUACAACACAAGUUUGUAAUAGCUGUGGGAAAACUUCAACACCAAUUUGUGUCCCAUGUGAGAAAACUAUAAAACUAGUUUGUAAGACUUGUGGGGAAACUAUAACACCAUUUUGUGACAGUUGCGGAUUUGCUAUAACACAAUAUUGUGCCACUUGUACGCAAGCUAGUACAUCAGACCCACAACGUGCUCCAAAACCACAAAAAAUUGGUGAAUUUGUUAGAGAAAAUUUGGAUAUUGCGCGGAAAAAAAAUGCAAAAGAUAGAUACAGUUCGACUACAUCAAAAGAAAUCGGUAUAUUAAUUGAAGAAGAAUUGAAUAAUCCGCAGCAAAAUGAUGCACAAGGUUGUGCCAAUUGUGGCAUGUAUGUAAUACCCGUUUGUGGCAAAUGUGGAACAGCAUUAAAAAAAGCUUCCAUAAACCGACUGAAGCAAGCUGCAAAUUUUGUAUUAUGUUGCAAAAAUGUGACGUAAAGGUAAUUUCAAAGGAUAUUCUUUAAAGAAAAGAUCCAAAAUUGUCGUUGAAAAAUCCAGUUACUUUACAUACAAUACAGAAUAUUUCUUAUUAAAUUGUUUAAACUUUUACUAAAACAACAUUUAUUUCACUAAAUCCUAAUAAAAUUAUAAUACCUGCGGCCAAUUAAA